ACAAUUCAUUAAUGCAUCCACGUCCUAACUUGUUUGAUAAAACUUGUUAUAGUAAAUUAAUAAAAUUAUUAGAUGGUAAAAUCAAAAAGACUCAAGAUCUUAAUCCUCGAUCUGCUAAUAAAUCUGAUUCACUUUUAUUUGAAGAAGUUCGUCAUAUUUUAAAUCAUGAUGAAUUGCAUGAUGAUUCUCCUCAAGCUUUAACUAAAAGGGUUUACUUUUGGCUUUGCUUACUCUGUGGAUUUUGUGGCGGUAAUGCACAACAACUUAAAAUAACGCAUGUUAUUGUUACAAAGUAUCAGGGGUUACAAGUAAUCAUUCCACGAGAAAAAAAUAAUACCAGGGGCAUUAAAAAUCUUGAUAAUGCAGGACGUAAAUGUGAAAUUUCACCUGAUCAAGAUGGCAAAUUUACUCCUGUUGCAGAUAUUCUUUAUUACAUUAAUAAACGUCCUUCUG